CGAAAUUCAGUCUGAGGAAGUUGAAGCUGCCGUCAGUGAGAUCUCGCAGAAUUGCAAUUCAAACCCAAGUCCAUCAACCUCCACUAACAGAGGAGACAUUUAAUCCGGAUUUUGAAGGAUGACUAGAAGUUCUCUAAGAAGACUCUCUGAGUACAGAAGUCCCAGUUGGGUAGCCAUGGAGUGGAACAAUGACACACCCCCUACAAUGCCGCCCACUACUUGCGUCUAUCAAGAGGACUUCAAAUGGCUGCUGCUGCCACCCGUGUACUCAGUGGUGCUGGCAGCCGGCCUGCCACUGAACAUCUGUGUCAUCGCCCAGAUCUUCGCAUCCCGCAGGGCACUGACCCGCACAGCUGUGUACACCCUGAACUUGGCCCUGGCUGACCUGUUGUAUGCCUGCUCCCUGCCGCUGCUCAUCUACAACUACGCCCAGCGGGACCACUGGCCCUUUGGCGACCUCACCUGCCGCCUGGUGCGUUUCCUCUUCUAUGCCAACCUGCACGGCAGCAUCCUCUUCCUCACCUGCAUCAGCUUCCAGCGCUACCUGGGCAUCUGCCACCCAUUGGCUCCCUGGCACAAGCAUGGGGGCCGCCGUGCUGCCUGGCUGGUGUGUGGAGCCGUGUGGCUGGUGGUGACAGCCCAGUGUCUGCCCACGGCUGUAUUUGCAGCCACUGGCACCCAGCGGAAUCGCACAGUCUGCUAUGACCUGAGUCCCCCUGCUCUGGCCACCCGCUACCUGCCGUAUGGCAUGGCCCUCACUGUCAUUGGAUUCUUGCUGCCGUUUGCAGCCCUGCUGGCCUGUUACUGUCUCCUGGCUCGCCGCCUGUGCCGCCAUGAUGGCCCAGCAGGGCCUGUGGCUCGAGAGAGGCGUGGCAAGGCCGCCCGGAUGGCUGUGGUGGUGGCAGCUGUCUUUGUCAUUAGCUUCUUGCCUUUCCAUAUCACCAAGACAGCCUACCUGGCUGUGCGCUCUACACCCGGCGUCUCCUGCCCAGUGUUAGAGGCCUUUGCCACUGCCUACAAAGGCACACGACCCUUCGCCAGUGCCAACAGUGUGCUGGACCCCAUCCUCUUCUACUUCACCCAGCAGAAGUUCCGCCGGCGGCCUCAUGAACUCCUACAGAAACUCACAGCCAAGUGGCAGCGGCAGCCACCUAGCUGAACCCACAGGCAGGACCCUAGGCAGGGGCAGCUGUGCAUUUGCUAUGAUGGCCAGGGGACCAGAACUCCCCUCCCCAACAACCCCUCCCAGCUCCAACCAGACAGAGAAUUGAAACUUAGCUGUCUUGGGCAUGAAGUAAGGCCACCCCUAGACCUCUUCUUCUCCCCGACCAAGAUCUCACCAGCUAUUUAUUGAACCCUCUCCCUGGACCAGGGUCUGUGUGAUAAAGACCAUCAGACCUGGGCCUGGCCCUCCAGAAGUUCCCAGUCAGCCAUCAGGUUAAGAAAACUGUGGUAAGCUGCUCACAGAAAUGGAGUGUGAGUGUACUGUAACAGAGAAAUUGUACCUUAUUGUAUGGUAUACUGUAUUGCCUGCUUUGGAAGUCACCAAGGGAAUGGAUGAGAGAAGAUGGGAAAGGGAAGUGAGGGCUUCCAGGAAGGAGCAUUUGAGCUGCGUUUAGAGGGUUGUAUAUGUGCUUUCUGGUAGACAGGAAUGAUAUCCUUAUUUAGUAAACCUUAAUGAAGAUCUGGUUGCUCAGGCCUGGGUGUUUCCAGAACCUUAGGAGAACCAGUCCCAGCCCUGUUCCAUAUAGGCUCCCAACUGCUGGAGCCAUCAACCCUGACAGAGUGGGAUCAGGCCUGUGACAGACAGAAGCCAAGAAAGGGCAGUGUACAGAGGGAUCAGGAGAAGCAGAUGUUAAAGGCCAAAUAGGCGAUCCUCAGACAGAAGUGCUGCCUGGGUCAGUCUCCUGUGUGCCUCUGUCCUGGAGAAGAUGCCUUGUAGCCCGUGUGCAAGUGAGGAAAAUAGCUGCUCUUCAGUCACUCUGCAGACAAAAGCAAGGGUUGGCAAGUACACAGACAUGGGAGAGGAAGGGGGAACUUUCUAGAAGAGAGGGUUCCUAGCAGGAGGAAGGCACUGAGUGUACAGAAACCCAAAGGGAAAAAGGAGCUGUGGCUUACACCUUUAACCUCAGCACACAUGUCUGUCAUCCCAGUGUUUGAGAAGUGGAGACAGAAGGAUCUCAAAUACAAGUCUAGUGUGGAAUACACAACAACUUUGUAUUGAAAAAGAAGAUGGGGGCUAAUGGCUCGGGCCUAUAAUCCCAACUACUCAGGAGGCUGAGACCUGGAAGAUCUCAGUCUGGGCAGAAAAGUCCUAGAGACUCUGUCUCUAAUCAAUAAAAUAUUGGGCUGGAGCACUAACUGUGAGCAAGAAUGCCAGGUGAAAGCUCAAGGCCCUAGUUCAAACUUCAAUACCAGUGUAUGCACACAUGCACCAAUGUCUGCAUAAGAACAUGCACACACACACACACACAC